UGGUCCCCCAGGUGGGCAGGAAAACCACCUGCCAACUCCCCAUCUGCUGCCUUGCAGGCCUGAAGGCGACCCUCCACUCUGGGCCCCAGGCCUCCCUGCCUCCAGGCCAUCAUCGGGCCCUACAUCGGGCCCAUUCCCAUGUGUGAUGGGCACUGUGUCUGUGCUGAGUUUCUGGGGAGCGCUUGUCUUUCAGGGGGGCCAGGACCCUCAAAUCCUGGCCCCUCAGCAGUCCCUUAUCAAGGGAGUGGGGGAGAACCACCGGGGCGAAGAGCUGGCCCACAGCAGGCCCAGCACGCACAGGGCCACACAGAGGCGCGCACACCUCGGCCACCCUUGUCCCCAGAAGCAGACUGAGCACCUCAAAAGAAUAAAGUCCUGGAGGAAGUGGAGUCCACACGUCCCUUCAAGACUUGGCAUUGGAUGGCGAACAGCUUGACAGCACUGGGCAGAAAGGACCCAGGGACACUGGGCAGCCCAGGGGCUGGUGUGGGGCCAGCAGGACUGACCGGCUCCAGCGGCACCUUGGUAACGCUGCAGGUGUGGCCGGUGAUCCUCUGCAGAGACGGUAAAGAUUAAGAGGAUCAUACGCUGCGUCCAGUGCUGCCCUGAAAGAAAUCUCCUCGAGUCAGAAGGGCUGCUGUGAGGGGACGGUGGGGCAGCUCCUGAGUCAGGCGGUGGGAAGGGGAGGCAGGAAGACAGAGAGUGGAGACAGGGGGAGAGAGACAGAGACGAGGGAGAUCUCCGGGGCCAGGCAAAGGGCGAAGCCGAGAUAGAAAAGUGACAGAGGCACAAACGGAGGGGCAGAUCAGGGAGAGGGGGGCAGAGGCUACAGCUCAGUGUCCCAGCAGGCCGUCCUCAGGCAGGACGGCCGAAGCUACCUGCUCGGGCCCGAGGCCCUGCCCGGACUUGAGCUAGACUCUCACAAGCUCCCACAUGGCUGUGGCUGCCUCCAAGAAGGAGUCUCCCGGCAGAUGGGGCCUGGGAGAGGAGCAGACAGGCGCCGGCCGCCAGCCGCAGUGCCGCGUGUGCGGGGACAGCAGCAGCGGGAAGCACUACGGCAUCUACGCCUGCAACGGCUGCAGCGGCUUCUUCAAGAGGAGCGUGAGGCGGAGGCUCAUCUACAGGUGCCAGGUGGGGGCAGGGAUGUGCCCAGUGGACAAGGCCCACCGGAACCAGUGCCAGGCCUGCCGGCUGAGGAAGUGUUUGCAGGCGGGCAUGAACCAGGACGCUGUGCAGAAUGAGCGUCAGCCACGAAGCACAGCCCAGGUCCGCCCUGACGGCACGGAAUCUAACGGGGAGUCCCAGACGGAGACUCCGGUGGCUCCCCUGGUCGCGGCAGGGCCCAGCCCACGGGGCCGCACCCCUGUGUCUGCAGCCAGAGCCCCGGGGCCUGGAACCCUCACACCCCCGGGCCACCACCACUUCAUGGCAAGCCUGAUAAAAGCUGAAGCCUGCGCUAAGCUGGAGCCAGAGGACGCUGAUGAGAACAUCGACGUCACCAGCAAUGACCCUGAGUGCCCCUCGUCCCCAUAUUCAUCCCCCUCCCCCCGUGGUCUGGACAGCGUCCACGAGACGUCGGCUCGCCUGCUAUUCCUGGCUGUCAAGUGGGCCAAGAGCCUGCCUGUGUUCUCCAAGCUGCCCUUCCGGGAUCAGGUGAUCCUGCUGGAGGAAGCCUGGAGUGAACUCUUCCUCCUCGGAGCCAUACAGUGCUCUCUGCCUCUGGACAGCUGCCCGCUGCUGGCCCCACCUGAGGCUGUGGCUGCCGGCAGCUCCCAGAGCCGGCUGGCACUGGCCAGUGGGGAGAUGCGUUUCCUGCAGGAAACCAUCUCACGGUUCCGGGCAUUGGCGGUGGACCCCACGGAGUUUGCGUGCAUGAAGGCCCUGGUCCUCUUCAAACCAGAAACACAGGGCCUGAAGGAUCCUGAGCACGUGGAGGCCUUGCAGGACCAGUCCCAGGUGAUGCUGAGCCAGCACUGUGAGGCCCAUCACCCUCGCCAACCCAUGAGGUUUGGGAAACUGCUCCUGCUCCUCCCGUCUCUGAGGUUUGUCACUUCCGAGCGCGUGGAGCUCCUCUUUUUCCGCAAGACCAUAGGGAACACUCCGAUGGAGAAGCUCCUCUGUGACAUGUUCAAAAACUGAUGCAGGUGGAACCAGAUGGGUACAGCCACUGUGGAAAACAAUCUACUGAAGCGAAACAUUCGCCUGCCCUGUGACUCGGUAGUCCCACCUGCGCCUAGCAGACUGUCCACCGAAAUAUAAGAAUAUUUAUGGCAGCUUUAUCCAUAAUAGCCCAAACUGUACAUUGCCAGUAGAAUGGAUUAAUAAAUUGUAGUAUAGUCAUGUAAUGUAAAACAGAAAUAAAAAAGAAUAAGCCACCAAUACAUGUGAAAACAUGGAUGAAUUUCACAGACAUAAAAGUCGAACGGAAGAAGCCAGGAAGAAGUCCGGCUUCGGUUCCAGGACGGGUGGGGCUGACGAGCAGCACGCGCGGCUGGCACAGCGGUGCCCUGCAACGGUGGCGGCGGGGCCUUCUGCUGAGUUAGAGGUGGUCUUUAUUUUGAUCUGGGAGGUGGUUUCACAGAUUGAUUCAUUUGUAAAAAUUAUUUAAGCUGUGACUUUGAGAUCUGUGCACAUCACUGUUUUAUGUUGGACCUCAGCGAAAAAGUGAAAACACAAAGACAGAAGAGGAAUGUGGCCAGAGCUCUCCCUUUGAGGCUUUCCCACAGGAAGGUUCCCACUCCGAGUCAGCGUCUGGUCCGGGUGUGACCAGGUCAAGGCCAGAGAAAAACCUCCCGCAGGAGCUGGGCGGAACAGCCCAGCUUCCCUCCAGAUGGCCUCCCACCCUCCCAUGGCUUCCCUUUCUCCUCCUUAGCCUUCCUCACUGCUCAUGAACAAAGGUGAGAACCAUCCAUCUCAACACAAGGCAGGUAUAGGCACUUUUCGUGAAAGGGAAUCGCCAUCAUUUCGUAAUUCCUUAUGAAGGAUGAAGCUCAGACGAAUCUCAUACCCUUUUCAAGGACAGACCCAGAAGAUUUGGAAAUAAUAGUAAUAAAAAGUUAACAUAUAUCAGGCACUUUAUAUAUCAGGCAAUGAAGGGAGCGCUGAUUGUACAUUGUUAUCUAAUCCUCACAUCAACUCUGGGGGAGGAACCAAUCAUCCCCAU